AAUUAUAAAAGAACUAAAUUAAUAAUGAAACGUUAUUUAAUUAAUAUACGUAAUAUCCAUGGUCCCAAAUAUAUUAUUAUAAGUCGCAAUAUUAGUGAAAUUGCAGGCAAGCAAUUUACAAAAAAAAUUAUUAACAGAAAAUAUAAGUCUCUUUUAACCUCAAAGAAAAAUACUAAUUCAUAUAAUAAAAAUUAUAAAAACGUUAAUAAUAAAAAUUAUAUUUUUAAUGCACCACUUAUAUCAAAUAAAACUCAAAUAAAUGACAAAUUAAUAUCUAAAAAUUAUGAACAAUUGUUACCUUCAAUAAAUAAUAUGAAUAAUAAUUAUAAUAAUGCUUUAAAACAUAAAGAUAUACAAACAUUAGAAAAUAAAGAAGAAGAAAUUUGUAAUGAAAGAAUUAGUGAAAACGAUAUAAGAAUUAAUGAAAUUAAUAUACAAAUGCUUCCGAAAUCGUUACAUAAACAGAUAUUUAAAAAUUCUGAAACGCCACAAAAAAUAUCAAAAGAAGAAAUACAAUCUAUAAAAAAUAAUUUGCACUCAUAUGGAAUAAAAAUAGAAGAUGCAACUAGACUGCCUAAGGUUGAUAUUAAAAUACCUCUUUUGGAAGGAGAUGAUAUUGAACAACAUUUUUAUAAUAUCGGAAAGGCACAAAUUAAACCUUAUUUAAAACUUAUAAAAAAUAUUAUGAAAAAUAUUCCUCAAAUGCCAAAUCAAUGGAUAUUGAAUGAAGGAUGGACAAGAUAUACUGUUGAUAACAUACAAAAAGUAGAUUAUCCUUUAGAAGAUGCUAUUAUUUUUGAUGUAGAAGUUUGUAUUAAAGAAGGUUCUUUACCAACAUUAGCAACUGCAGUAACUAAUAAAGCAUGGUAUGGUUGGGUAUCAAAAUCUCUAAUUGAUGGUGUAAGCAGAAACUUUGAAGGAAAACAAUAUACUAUGGAUGAAUUAAUACCAAUGGAAAGUAUAAUUACUGAACGUGGUGAAAAAUUAACUUCUUUUCAUAAAAAGCCAAAAAUUAUAGUUGGUCAUAAUGUAUCAUUUGAUAGAAGUAAAAUUAAAGAGCAAUAUUGGUUGAAACAAACAGGAUUAAGAUUUAUUGAUACAAUGUCACUUCAUAUAUGUAUUGGUGGAAUUAACAGUUAUCAGAGAUCUAUUUUAAAUUCUACAAAGAAUACAGAAGAAAAAUGUAAUUUAGAGAUGCAAACUUCAUUAAACAAUUUGGCGGAUAUUCACAAAUUUUAUUGUGGUUCUGAAAUAAAUAAAAAUGUCAGAGAAGUAUUUAUAAAUGGAACUUUGAAAAACAUUAAAGAAGAUUUUAAUUCUUUGAUGAUUUAUUGUGCAAAUGAUGUAAUUGCAACUCAUAAUGUUUUAUGUAAAUUAUUUCCUAUUUUUGAAGAAAGAUUUCCUCAUCCUGUUACUUUAGCAGGAAUGUUAGAGCUUGGUACUGCAUAUCUGCCAAUAAAUUCUAAUUGGAAAAAAUAUUUAAAUGAAUCAGAGACUACAUUUGAAGAUUUAAAUUAUGAAACAAAAAUUGUUCUUACUAAAAGAGCUAAUGCUGUUUGUAAACUUUUGCAUAAUAAAAAAUAUAAAGAAGAUUUAUGGAUGUGGGAUGAAGACUGGAGUACACAAAUGGUUAAAGUAAAAACACAAUCUUUAAAAAAAAAUUUAAAAAAUAUAUCUCAAAUACAAAAUGCAAAAAGAAAAAAAGAAACAAAAACUCAAAGUUAUUUAACAGAUGAUGAAGAUGAAGAAGAUCCUUUGGAAAAAAAAUUUGCUUACUUGACAGAGACAAGAAAGUUUUUACCUUUAAAAUUACCACAUAUGUCAGGAUAUCCUGCUUGGUAUCGAAAACUUUGUUUCAAAAUAAAUGAUGAAAAUUGGUCUCCAGGUCCUCAAAACAUAAGCAUUUCUAAGCAAAUUGUUCCAAAACUUUUAAAUUUGACAUGGGAGAAUUUUCCAUUACAUUACAUAAAAAAUAAAGGUUGGGGUAUUUUAGUUCCUCAUACUAAUGAUUUAAAUAUUAAAACUAAAAUACCUUUAAAACAGCUUUUAGCUCAAUGUGCUUUACCUAAAAAAGAAUAUUUAUCAGAUGAAAUAUGUGAUGACACAAUGUCAACAAUGAAUAAAGAAUUGGAAAAAGAUCUACAUAAAACUGAAUUUUGGUAUAACAAAAAGAAAAAUCCUAAUAUUCAAUCAACUGAUAUUUAUAAAGGCAGUGCACAUUGGUGCGAUACUAAUAUAGAUAACUGCUGUUAUUUUUUUAAAUUGCCUCAUAAAGAUGGGAAAAAUUAUAAUGUUGGUAAUCCUUUGAGCAAACAUUUUUUGAAUAAAUUUUCGGAAAAUAUAUUGGGUAGUUCAGACAGAGAUGCUGUAGAAAUAUUGAAAAUAGCUAGAAUGGUAUCAUAUUGGAGAAAUAAUAGAGAUAGAAUUAUGUCACAAUUUACAAUAUGGUUUGAGAAAUCAUAUUUAUCAUGUAGUAUUAAAAGUUCUAAAAAAUCAAUGUGUUAUGGGGCAAUUUUACCUUUAGUAGCUGUAUGUGGGACAUUAACUAGGCGAGCAGUAGAACCUACAUGGAUGACUGCAUCUAACUCCGAUACUGAACGUGUCGGUUCUGAAUUACGAGCAAUGAUUCAAGCACCACCAGGAUAUAAUAUUGUUGGAGCUGAUGUUGAUAGUCAAGAAUUGUGGAUUUCGUCCAUAAUAGGUGAUGCUUAUUACAAAAAAAUUCAUGGAGCUACACCAUUUGGCUGGAUGACAUUAAUUGGUACUAAAGCUAAUGAAACUGAUAUGCAUAGUGUUACUGCUAAAGCAAUUGGAAUUUCUAGAAAUCAAGCUAAAAUUAUCAAUUACGCUAGAAUUUAUGGUGCCGGCCAAAAAUUUGCCGAAACACUCUUGAAACAAUUUAAUCCGUCCAUGACAGAUAGUGAAGCUACGUUAAAAUCUCGAAAAAUGUUUACUAUGACAAAAGGAAAAAAGAUUUAUAAAUUAAAACCUGAAUAUAUUAAUAAUAAUAAUGAUUAUGAUAAACUUUAUUCAUCAUACGAAGCAUACAAACUAUCAAAAUUACAUGGUAAAAUAAUAUCAGAAAUGUUUGAGAAAAAUAAAUGGGUUGGUGGUUCAGAAUCUGCAAUGUUUAAUAGAUUGGAAGAAAUCGCAUGUAAUCCUCAUCCUGUUACACCUUUUUUGAACUCUAGAUUAACUGUGGCGUUAGAAAGUUCAGUAAAUGAUGAAAAAUUUUUACCUACAAAAAUAAAUUGGGUAGUGCAGAGUGGAGCAGUCGAUUUUUUACAUUUAAUGCUAGUUUCGAUGAAAUGGCUUAUGAAAGAUCAUGCCAGAUUUUGUUUAUCAUUUCAUGAUGAAGUGCGUUAUUUAGUGCCGUCAAAAUAUAAAUACAAUGCAGCGCUUGCCAUGCAUAUUACUAAUCUUUUAACUCGAUCAUUUUGUGCAUCAAGAUUGGGAAUGAAUGAUCUUCCGAUGUCAGUAGCAUUUUUUACUUCUGUAGAAGUAGAUACGGUUUUACGUAAAGAACCUGAAAAUGAUUGUAUUACGCCAUCGAAUCCUCAUGGUUUAAAAAAUGAGUAUGAAAUUCCUCCAGGAGAAAGCUUGGAUAUAUGGUCUGCUAUUGAUAAAUCUAAAGGUUCUUUGGGACCAUGGACUGCAAAACAAUAAAAUAUUGAAUUUAAUUAAUAUAAUAUAUAAUAAAUACGAAAAAUAAAAAUAAAGAUUAAUAUAAAAUUGA